UUAUAUUAGAAUGUGAUUUAAAAUUUUGUGAAGUGUUUGUGUUUGUUUGGGUUUUGUCUUUGUUUUUUACAUUUCUACAUGCCACACACCGUCUCAAAAUUCCUACAUUCCAUUGUUUUCCGAGUAAAUUUUCAAAAACUCCAGUAAGAUUACUUUACUAGUAAAUUACCCAAUCUAACCUAUAACAUGAAUAUUUUAAGAUGCCUUAAAAUUGUACUGAGUAGGUACUAAAACUUUGAUUACAAUCUUUGAUUGUGCAAUUAUUUUUCAAAGUAAGGUCUACUAUUAUCAUUUUGUAAAUAUGGAAGAUAACAACACUAAUCCAGAUAUGUUCAAUCAGUCUGUUUCUUUCAUAGAAAACCAGUUGGACUUUGAAGUACCAAAAAAUGAAAGCCCUUUCAAAUAUGAAAAUGAGACGAGUACAAUUGAUAUUUUUGGUCUUGAUUUACCGAAGAUUCCUUCAGCCAGUUGUAAACCAGAUGUCGAUAGUAUAAAAAUGUUCGUUGGGCAAAUUCCACAAAAUUUUACAGAGUACGACUUGCUUCAAAUGUUUGAGAAAUACGGCAAGGUGUAUGACAUACGAGUUUUAAAAGAUAAAACCACUGGGAAGAGUAAAGGCUGCUGCUUUGUAACAUUUUUUACACGGAGUGCCGCCUUAAACGCUCAGAACGCUCUCCACAACAUUAAAGUCAUGCCUGGUAUGCACCACCCAAUCCAAAUGAAACCAGCGGACACUGAUAACAGAAAUGAUAGGAAACUAUUCGUAGGCAUGUUGUCGAAAAAGUAUACUGAAAGUGAGGUGCGGAAUCUUUUCUCACCUUAUGGAACAAUCGAGGAGUGUACGGUUUUGAGAGACGCGAACGGACAGAGCAAGGGUUGUGCUUUCAUUACGUACCUGUCUCGCCAGAGUGCCCAGAACGCUGUCAAGUCAAUGCACCACUGCCACAUCUUCGAAGGGUGUUCUUCCCCGAUCGUAGUCAAGUUUGCAGACACUCAAAAAGAAAAAGAAAUAAGACGGUUCCAGAUUUUACAAAAAGAGAUAAGCGAUCACAGCCAGAUCACAACUAUCCUUCAACAGUUACCCUCCGAUUCAUUAGCACCUUUGGUUGUCCAAAAAAAUAUUCUCCAACAAUUUCAAAACCCUGCAGCAACCAACACAUACCCUCAGAUUCCAGUAUUGAACAAUUUGAAUUUCCCCACUGCUCAGCCAUCAGACCUCAGUCAGUUAAUGAUACUGCAGCGUUUAACGAACAAUUCUUUAAAUAAUCAGAUUUUAAAUCAGAAUUUGGGUUCCAUGACUAUAAAUGAAGUUAUAGCAUGGAACAAUUUAAUAAAUAAAGCAGCUGGUCUGGGGUUAUUUACUCAAGGAAGUAUAGAGAACGCAUUCCGAUACCCUGGUACCAACCUGGAUAAUAUAGGAAGAAGACAUAUAGAGGGUCCAGAUGGAGCCAAUUUGUUCAUUUAUCAUUUACCUCCUGAGUUCACCGAUGAGAAAUUGGCCCAGCUGUUCAAUCCAUACGGAAAAGUCAUCUCAGCAAAAGUGUUUAUUGACAAAGUCAUGAAACAGUCUAAAGGUUUCGGUUUUGUAUCAUAUGAUAACGUCCUCAGUGCAAAUAUAGCAAUACAAAACCUCAACGGAUAUCAAAUUCUUGGUAAAAAGCUUAAAGUGGAGGUUAAAAAGAAGAGAGUUUCAACAUGUUGAAAAACUAAGAUUUGAAGAUAUAUACAUGCACAUUUUAAUAGUUUCACAAUACUUCCAAUUAUUUGUGUAUUUCACAAUGGUUUUUUUAUAUUAAACAUAAACUAAAAAAAAUAAA